GUGUUGGGUUUACUGGUGUGGGCUCUCAUUGCCAACACCACGUACCACCUCCACGCGGUGUACAGCUGGGUGCUGUUUGUGUCCAUCUUCUUCUGGAUACUGACAGUCCUUUUCUUCAUGGCUUACCUUCUGCAGCUGCAGCUGAAACUCUACAUGAUCCCCUGGCCCCUCGUGCUGAUGAUCUUCCACGCCGUGGCCACCGUCCUGUACCUCAGCGCCUUCGCUGCCUGCGCGGCGGCCCCCGCGCCCGCCUUCUUCUCCUGCCUGGUGAUGAUCACCUACGGGGCCAGCACCUUCUUCAGCUUCCGCGCCUGGAAGGGGCUGGGCAGCAACGCGGCCACCAGCCAAGUGGCCGACCACACGUAA